CGGAGUAGAGUUGACUUUUACGACUUGAAAGGAGAUUGUCCUUAAGCUUGUCGGCUGCGAAAGAAAUGAAUACCAUCAAUCCUUUGGCAAACCCAAACGGUGUCAAACUGUUAUGUGAGUUGUGUCAGAAGCCAGCAUUUGUUCAAUGUAUGGACUGCCGAGUAACUUAUUAUUGUGGUCCCGAGCAUCAGAAAACUGAUUGGCUGGGAAUUCAUGAGAAGAUAUGUCAAUUACUAAUUCCAUUACGAACACCCAUUCCAUUUCUUGGGUCAGAAGAAGAAAGGCAGCACAGAAAACAGCAGCAAAUAGUCAGACAGAAACAAAUGAUUGAAUUAUGCCGCACAGAGGGACAGAAGUUGCUCUUUGAAGGUAGAUAUGACAGAGUAGUUCCUGCAGCAAUGGAAUCCUUAAAGUUCUCUAUUGAAGUCUAUGGUCUGAGUAGCAUUGAGCUUGUCCCUUCUUACCUUAUACUUGGAGAGGCAAGUAUAGGUCUUAGUCGAUUAUCUCAAGCAGAGGAGUAUUUAGCUCAGGCCCAGUGGACAGUGCUUAAGACUCCUGAGUGUCCAGACAGCAUCAAAUCAAAGCUUUUCAGAAACUUGGGAUUGCUGUAUGCUGCACAGGGAAACUACCCUGGUGCUCUCUCUCAACUAGCUGAUGAUAUCUAUCACUCAUCAAGAGUGCAUGGAACAGAUGACAUAAGGACCUCUGGUGGAUAUUUUCACAUGGCCAAUGUGUUCUAUAGGCAGAACAAGUUGGAUGUAGCGUUCUCUCUGUACAAUCAGGUGACAGACAUCUGGUUUGAACACCUUGGUAAACUGGUGGGUCAGAGGACCAAAACUCCUGCAGAGCCUUCUGGGAUAGGACCAGCUUUCAUCUCUGGUGUACCAACGGAUUUUGAUAUUUUAGAUGAGGCCCAAGAAGCAGAGGCUAUCCAGGUGGUAAAUGCCAUGUUAGAUCUGCGAGAGCAACAGACAGUGCAAACUCCCGCAGUGAUGUGCAAAAUAUAUUUCACCACGGCCAUGUUACAGUUUAUCUUGGGAGAUAUGCUAAAAGCAAGGGAUUUUGGGAUCAAAGCUCGAACUGCCUGCGAGAAUGCGGCUUCCUCUGACGAAGGAACCAUGAGGAAUCUCGUUGAAUUUUUGAAAGCUGUUGAGAGAUCUAUGUAAGCUGUUGAGAGAUUUACUGCAAGCGCUCUCAGCAAACGCUCUCAGCAAGCGCUCUUAGCAAACGCUCUUUGUUAAUAUUCUUGAUCAUACUUUGGAAGAGUGAGGUCUUUCUUAAGUUUUUGUUUUUCGAAGUAUAAGAACUGAGAAAUUUUUGUCGCUUAGUUGGAUUUUAGAGGAACUUUUUCUUCAAAAUGUUCCUAGAAUGCGAUCUUGUGAAAAAGGACCAACAGUGUACAUAAUUCUUUAACGUUUUUACAAUUUUUUUCAAUGAAGAACAUCCACGAGCAUAUUUGUGGUCCUUUCUUCUCUUUGCAUCAAGUCUACUUUUAUAGCAGUACUGUUUUCUUAGCCCAUGAUCAAAAUCUUUGCCGAUCAGCCGCAGUGUUUUUGUAUACAAACAUGUACGGUUGUUUAUACAUAACGUGCGAUGUAACCCACAGAAAAAGCCUCGAGGCAAACAUGAUUUUUGAGAGUCUCCGUAAAGCCUUGCAGUCUUAACUACUCUAAGAUAAUGUACAUGCUGUAUAAUUUUACACAGUCGUCAAAAAUUGUGAUAUUUUUCGGUUUGGUUUUA